AUGUACGAGACCUGCAGUCAUGUCGAUUUGUACCCGAACGGCGGCAAGGUGCAGCCAGGCUGCGACCAGGAGCGCCUCACUGCGGGCAUCUUCCACGGGCCGUUUGAGGGCACCCGCCGACUGGUUGCCUGCAACCACCAGCGAGCUGUAGACUACUUCAUCGACGCCCUCGACACCACCAUCCCACUGCCCAAGGCCUACCUGUGCGACAGCUAUGAGGAUUUCAAGGCUGGCAAGUGCACUGACUGCGGUAACAAUGGCGAGAAGUGCGUCAUCCUCGGCCCCCGUGACAUUGAGUACAAGAACUCUGUGAGCGACGUUAACCAGGGCGAGGACACCACCAAUGGAAAGCGCUUCUUCAUGGUCACUGGCCAGCACGAGCCACUUCUCAACAAGUACCAGUACAUCCUCCACCUGCACCUAGCUUCAUCCGGUCUGGAGCAGUUUGACAAGGUGGCCGCAGUGCACAUCAAGUUUGUCGACAACAACGGCAACGAGGAGACCUACAUGUUCAACGACCAGGCGAAGCUGGAAGCCAUCUUCAAGGUUGGCCAGUCGUACACUCACCCCGGUGUCAUGUCGAUGGACCCUGAGAACCUGAAGCGCAUCGACUUUGAGUGGGACCACGGUAUGCUCGACGAUCUGGACGUCUUCCACCUCUUCCGCAUGCACAUCGACCAGAUUGAGGUGCUCGGUCUGACGGAAAAGACAUCGACCACCAAGAGCAAGCCGCUGAGCAAAAAGUUCUGCAACCACAGCAACGGCAUCAAGAGCAAGACUCAUGUCUCUUUUGAGCAGUGCUAG